UUUCUGAUAAGAACAUUUGGCAAUACAUGAAACGACCUGUGGAAUAACGCCUAUAUUUUGCCUCUGCCCUCCGAGACAUUAAAAUCUGUCAAAUAAUUGGAAAUUUUGACGAUUGGGAAACAUCUGCAAGCUUUUCUGUGAACAGUGGAUUUUUUUUCUUCUCUUUUUCAAGGCAACCAUACUAUUGUUGAUUUUACAGGAAUUUGCAAACUAAAACAGGGAUAUGAAAAAGUUGCAAUGUACUGUACCCUUAAGGGUACCCCAUUCCUAGAAUUGUGGGAUUGAUUCCAUGGAAGAAAUGCAUGGACGUUUUCAUGCUUGAUAUACUGAAAGCAGAGAUGCAUCCGAAAAAUCGUUCAAAAUGAUUUUUGUUCAUUUAUUUUUCACUAGAGUGCAAGAUCAUGUUAUUUAAUAGUAAUUUAACCCGUGCUGCGUAGGCAACAACUAUUUAAAUUGAACAUUAUUUUUAACUGAAGCACGGUGGACCCCUGGGUCCCCUUCUUGGGGGGUCUCAUUUAAGUUGUCGCUGUGAUUGAGACUUUAUUAGCCUGGAUAUAAGCUAAUUAACGUUUUUAUUUUAUUUUAUUUUUUAUUUGAUUUUUGUUGUUGUUGUUUUUUUGAACACGCCAGAGGUGGAUUUAAUUUUCCAAGAAAACUAAAACGUGUCGCGAGACAUAAUGCGGCUGGACACAUCUGUGGUUGUUUUGGUCACUUUCGCCUACAUCGUGUGCCUCUGCGGAUCGCUACAUGGAGAAAUUUGCCCCAGCACGGACGUCCGCAACAACGCGACCAACCUGCGCGUUCUCGAGAACUGCACGGUGAUCGAGGGCCACCUGAAGAUCCUGCUCAUGUUCAAGACCAGACCGGAGGACUUCCGGGGCUUGAGUUUCCCAAAGCUAGUCGUGGUUACGGACUACCUGCUCCUCUUCCGCGUCUACGGCCUGGAGAGUCUCGGCAACCUCUUCCCGAACCUCACCGUCAUUCGCGGCAACAACCUCUUCUUCAACUACGCCCUGGUCAUGUUCGAAAUGAUCCAGCUGAAGGAGAUCGGCCUCCACAGCUUGACCAACAUCACGCGCGGGGCGGUACGCAUCGAGAAGAACCCCGACCUCUGUUAUUUGUCCACUCUCGACUGGUCCAAGAUCUCGGACUCGAUGGAGGACAACUACAUCGUGGCAAACAAGGAUGACCGGGAGUGCGGAGACAUUUGCCCGGGUACCAUCAAGGGAACGAUAACCUGCAAACAGACCACCAUCAACGGGAACUUCGGCGAGCGUUGCUGGAACCAAAACCAUUGCCAGAGAAUUUGUCCUUCCGAAUGUGCCCACGGUGCCUGUACGCCCCAUAAGGAGUGCUGUCACGAUCAGUGUCUGGGCGGCUGCUCUUUGCCAGGGAACGCUACCAAAUGCGUAGCUUGUCGCAACUUCCUGUUCGGCGAGGCGUGCGUGGAGCGUUGCCCGCUGGGAUACUACACCUUCAAGGGAUGGCGCUGCGUGUCCUUAAAAUUCUGCCAGGACCUCCACAACCAGUGCAAGGGCAAGAGCGGCGACUGCCACGAGUACGUCAUCCACAACGGGGCCUGUAUCCCAGAAUGCCCGUCUGGAUACACCACCAUGAAUUCAACCACGUUGAACUGCACGCCAUGUGCCGGUCGAUGUCCCAAACUGUGUACGGGGGUGAAGACUGUGGACUCGGUCACCGCCGCUCAGGCUCUGCGGGGCUGUACGGUCCUCAACGGCAGUCUGAUCAUCAAGAUCAGCGGAGGAAACAAUAUCGCGGCGGAGCUGGAGUCCAGUCUGGGUCAGCUGGAGGAGAUCACGGGUUACCUGAGCAUCCGCAGAGCCUACGCUCUCGUCUCCCUCUCCUUCUUCCGCAAGCUGCGUGUUAUUCGCGGGGAAGCGCUGGAAGCCGGGAACUAUUCGUUCUACGCCAUGGACAACCAGAACUUGCGGCAACUGUGGGACUGGUCCAAACACAACCUCACCAUCCUCAACAGCAGGAUGUUUUUCCUCCACAACACCAAACUCUGCAAGUCUGAGAUCCUCCGGAUGGAAGAGGUGACCGGGACCAAGGACAGGAUCCCUAAAAACGAUAUCAGCAUCCCAGCUUAUGGAGACCAGGCCUUCUGUGAAAACCAAGUUCUGGAAUUUACACAAAUCCGCACAUCCCACGACAAGAUCCUCAUCAGGUGGGAGCCGUUUUGGCCCUCAGACUUCAGAGACCUGCUGGGAUUCAUGGUCUUCUAUAAGGAAGCUCCCUAUAAGAACGUGACUGAAUAUGACGGACAGGACGCCUGUGGCUCUAACAGUUGGGCGAUAGCUGACGUGGAGCCUCCGCAGCGCGUCACCGAGGGCAACCAGAUAGAGCCGGGUCACCUCGUCAUGCCUCUGAAGCCCUGGACCCAGUACGCCAUCAUGGUCAAAACCCAACUCGCCGCCUCUGACGACCACCAGGUCCGCGGGGCCAAGACCGAGAUCAUCUACGUGCGCACCAACGCCACGCGACCCUCAGUGCCACUGGACCCCAUUUCCCGGUCCAACUCCUCCACGCAGAUCAUUCUGAAGUGGAAGCCGCCCUCCGAUCCCAACGGAAACAUCACCCACUACAUCGUCUUCUGCCAGAAGCAGAACGAGGACAUCACGCACUACAAGUUCGACUACUGCCAGCAAGGGAUGAAAGUGCCGUCCCAUACGCCUACACACCAUGACAUUGAAGAAGACCAGAAGUGGAACCAAACGGAGGUGCCCGACGAGAAGGGGCGCUGCUGCGCCUGCCCCAAAACAGAGACGCAGCUGAAGAAAGAAGCAGAAGAGUCUGAGUUCCGCAAGACCUUUGAGAACUACCUCCACAAUGAAGUGUUUGAGCCCAGGCCCCACCGACGGCGUCGCUCAGUGGGCGUAGCCAAUGCUACGUUGCCAAAUUUUGCGAUCACACCGUCCAGCCUGCCCAACUUUGCCACCACUUCAAUCCCAGAGGAGGACAAGAGCCGGAAGAUGGUGUUCAAAGCCAGCUCCAAAGAGUCCACGGUCAUCUCCGGCCUGCUCCACUUCACCAGCUACCAGAUCGAGAUCCAGGCCUGCAACCACCCCACAGACCAGAACCGCUGCAGCAUGCCUACAUACGUCAACGCCCGCACGCUGCCUGAACUCAAAUCGGACAAUGUUGUCGGGCCAGUGACUCAUGAAUUUAUUCCUGAUGAACCGGAAUUCGUCUCCAUCAAAUGGCAGGAACCGAGAGCACCCAACGGCAUGAUCAUACUAUAUGAAGUCAAGUUCCUGAGGAUGUCGGAUAGCUAUGAGGAUCAAAUCUGUGUGUCCAGAAUCACUUAUGAGAAAAAUCAUGGCUGUCGAUUAAGAGUAGGGCAUCCUGGGAAUUACAGUGUGAGAGUCCGCGCCACCUCGCUGGCCGGCAACGGUUCCUGGACAGAGCCUGUUUACUUCUCUGUUCAAGACAGGGAAAUGAACAUGAAAAUCAUCAUUGGCCCAGUUAUCUGCUUCAUUGUACUGCUGUUUCUGGCCAGUACAGUCUUUAUUGUCCUUAAGAAGAAACAAACUGAAGGACCGACUGGCCCAUUAAUUGCUUCCUCAAACCCAGAAUAUUUAAGUGCAAAUGAUGUGUACAUCCCAGACGAAUGGGAGGUGCCUCGGGAGAAGAUCAACGUUUUUAAAGAGCUCGGUCAGGGAUCGUUCGGAAUGGUGUACGAAGGCAUCGCUAAAGACAUCGUGAAGGGCGAGCCGGAGACGCGAGUGGCCGUAAAAACCGUCAACGAGUCUGCUAGUCUGCGCGAGAGGAUCGAGUUCCUCAACGAGGCUUCAGUUAUGAAAGCAUUUAGCUGCCAUCACGUGGUCCGCUUGCUCGGUGUGGUAUCUAAGGGGCAACCAUCGUUGGUCGUCAUGGAAUUGAUGACGCACGGAGAUUUGAAAAGCUACCUGCGUAGCCUGAGACCUGAUUCUGAAAAUAACCCAGGCCGUCCACCACCAACCCUGAAGGAGAUCAUCCAAAUGGCAGCGGAGAUAGCAGACGGUAUGGCAUACCUCAACGCUAAAAAGUUCGUCCACAGAGACCUUGCUGCCAGAAACUGCAUGGUGGCUGAAGAUUACACUGUGAAAAUUGGAGAUUUCGGAAUGACGCGGGAUAUCUAUGAGACUGAUUAUUAUCGCAAGGGCGGGAAAGGCUUGCUGCCCGUCAGAUGGAUGGCGCCAGAAUCUCUAAAAGAUGGCGUUUUCACCGCUCACUCUGACUGCUGGUCUUUUGGAGUGGUAUUAUGGGAGAUCAGCACGCUUGCCGAGCAGCCUUACCAGGGACUGUCCAACGAGCAAGUGCUCAAGUUUGUCAUGGAUGGAGGAUACCUGGACAGACCGGAGAACUGCCUGGAGAGAAUACACAGCCUCAUGCAGAUGUGUUGGCAGUACAACCCGAAGAUGCGGCCCACCUUCCACGAGAUCAUCGAGAUGAUCAAGGAGGACCUGCAUCCCACUUACCAUGAGGUCUCCUUCUUCUACAGCGAGGAGAACAAAUUGCCUGAGAGCGAGGAUUUUGAUAUGGACUUCGAGAACAUGGAGAGCAUACCACUGGACCCCUCAUCCUAUUCCCAACGCGAGGAGAGCCUCAGUAGAGACAACGGCCCCUCGGUGGGCCUACGGGGCAAUUACGAGGAGCACGUGCCCUAUACGCAUAUGAACGGUGGAAAGAAAAACGGCAGAAUUCUGUCUUUACCCAGAUCUAGUCCGUCCUAACAUUUGCCUCGGCUUUUCCUCUCUCGAUUUUUUUUUUUUUUUUUUUUUUUUAAAUAAAAGUUUUUAAAUGUGUUAUUUUUGCAGAGGCCCUUAAAGAUACACAGAUCUCAGGUCUUUUUUGUUGUUGUCGUCGUUUCUGUCUCACGCUACACUAGUAUGGUUACAACGAAAAUGGACGUUUUAUCAUCCGGCACACCAUACGCUUUCUGACACUUUUACACUUUUGCCAAGUUUCCAAGACAGUUUGGUUGGGCAAACUGUGAACAUGACUAAAUCAACCAGAAAAGCUGCUUCAGCUACAUCACCUCAAAGUCCACUUCCUUUUCCCUGGAUGCUUAUUUCCUGUCUGUCUGUCUUUUGUUUUGUUUUGUUUUUUUAAGUGGAAAUCUUUUGAGAUAGUGGCCUUUUAUUAUGUGGCCUAUAAAAAAAGAGAAGUGUC